AAAGAAACCAACCACGGCCAUAGCGGCAUUGUGCUAUGGCGUGGACGACGCCCGGCAUAUGGAGCCCAGGCGUGGGUAUGGCUCCUGCGCCCUAUCUGGAGGCUCCGCCAGCUCAGGGAGAGCUCACGCAGCUCUUGACCGAGGUUGCUCGGCAGCGGGAGGAGGCCGCGCAGUUGCGGCUGCGGGUCAUGCAGUCGCCCUCGAAGCACCGCGAACAGCUGGGAGAGGACCUCCGGGCGCAAACUCUGAAUUGGCAGCCUCCGGUGCACAAGGUGAAGGAAGUCAACCACACGGUUGAAGAGGUUCGCUCAAGGAUCGCCUCGCUUCGGGAUACCUUGGAGCAGGCGCAGCCUGAGCACGUUUGCCACUGGCCGAGUGCGCCGCCUGAGGAGAAGCCGAGGAAGACUCGCAAGGCCUCGCCUAGAACCAAGGCGCCCACAAGGUCUGAGAAGCGAGAAAAGAUGGAGCCAGUGACGGAGCGCUUGACGCGAGCCAACGUGUCCCGGCGCUCCCGUCCCAACUCCCCAAACACGUCCACAUCGCUCAGGAGUGUGAGCCCCAGCUCCAACCCCUCAGCCCCACGGCUCUGCACCUCCGUGCCAGAGCACAGGCUAAAGCCGCCUGAGCCGCAGUUCCUUUUCAGCUUGCCGCUGCGCGUCUACGAAGGCCCCAAGAAGCUGGUCGACCUCACCUUCAAGGGCAAGGAGAGUCGUUCAGGAUCUCCGCCCACAUCGCCCACGGCGACCCAGUCAGAGUCUGCCAGGAGCUUCAUGUGGACCCAGGAUCCUCCUGCCAGGGCCUAUCAGGUUCACGAGCGGGCUCCUGUGCAAGGUCCAGGCGCCAAGCUGAUGGAGCUGAGGCCCAUGUCAUCAGGCGUGCCGGCUAGCACACAAGGCUUGUCCACACCAGCGUCUCCGCGCUCUGUGGCCGGGAUGCCAGCGCCCAACUUCACCUGGAACGCGCCCAUGGUCGCCCAGAUGCCGCGCAGCAUGUCGCCACAGCCAGCUUCAAAUGGCUAUGGGCGAAGCAUUUCGCCGCCGCCUGCCGUGCAAUAUAGGAGUAUCUCUCCGCCACCUGUGCCGCAGGUGCGAUACAUGUCUCCCCCUCUAGUUGGCCGUUGACAUACAGCUGCCGAUAGGUUUCAAUGAAUAAGACAAGCCGUCAGCAAAUGUGCUGAGGACGAA